AAAUUGUCGCUUUUGUUCAAGAUCGGCGUUAAUUAGCCAAGAUGCCGCCAGGUGCUACCAAUCGGGCUAAGCAGCCUCACCUGUGUCGGAUCCCUGCCCAAAUUCACCAAAACUUGCUCCACAAGCCAUCGGAAUCAUUAUUGGAAGCGAUGAGCACAGGUCAAAGGUCACAGGUGGCCCUCCUCCAGAGACGUCAGAGGGAGCCAGAAAAAGAUGCCUCCGAAUCUGCGCUGGUCUACCUUUUCCAGGAGGUUUCUAACCUUGAGGCGUCGUUGCAGAGCGGCGACCCGGACACCAGAUCGCUGUCCUACUCGCUUAAAGACGGUCAAGCCAAAAGUGUUGAAAGGGCUCAAACCUCCAGCAUCCCAACCUUAAGAUCACCUUGCGAACGCGAUGACCACGUGGUGAACGGGCACGUGGAACUUGUAACGGAGCGCCCGCCUGGCACCCACAGCCCUUGGCGAUCGUUGAGUCUGAUCAAUCUGCAGUGUGAGAGGCUCAUGGACCUCAGAGAGGAAUCAGAGCCAAGACUGCUAUUUCCCAACAUCUGCGGUGUCCCUUCUGCACACGGAUCGGGAUCCUUUGAAGGAACUGAUGCCAGUGUUGAAUGCACUUUGAGACCCGCGCCCGUUCCAGAAGCUCCGGCAUCUUCUCGGCAAUUUAAAGCAGAUCCCGAGUCGAGUGUCGACAUGUUGUUGGAGGGCAGUCAUGACAGCUCCCCUAUUAAACAUGACCAUGCCGACACCAGUGUUUCAGGAAGUUCUUUGUCACAUGUGCACGUGCCUGAUGCAUCCCCUAAUAGUCAAACGGGCUUGGACCGCGUGGAGCGAUCACGGCCCGCUCGCGCCCUCGACCGCAAUGCAAACCUGAUGUUGAGCCGUCACGCGCCCUCGCAACCGGGCGACCGCAUCGUGUCGUCAAAAUCACACGGUGCACGUGUUCCCAUUGAGGGGAAACUGCGGCGCUCGCCCGCCACCGCAGCACCCUCACAGUUGACGUCAAACGAGGGAAACGAAACACCAGUGUCGCGGCACUCGCGGAGAACCAAAACACCCAGAAAGCAACCCAAUCCUAGACGCAGCGCUGAUAUCCGAGACCCACACUUCCAGGGAGUGACAUUCCGGAUCGACGCAGAGCUGGACGACGACAGGGAUGAGUGUCGGCUCCUCAUAACAUCGAAGUACAGCCGAGAGCUCUACAAGAGUGUGCGGAAACGGAGGAGGAGGACCCGAAUGUCUCGGACGGCCUGCAGCACAGAUGAGGAGCGUGAACCCACCGCUUCAAGGGGCAAAGUUUGUGCAUCAUGCUGCACCACAAAGACCCCCAUGUGGAGAGAUGCAGAAGAUGGGACCCCUCUCUGCAAUGCUUGUGGCAUAAGGUACAAGAAGUACAAAGUGCGCUGUGUCAACUGCUGGCAUAUCCCGAAAAAAGAAAGCAACUCCAACACGUGCUGCCUCAAGUGUGGAAAUUUUGUGAGGCGAACGUCCACUCAGCACAAACACACCAUCUAGGAGAACGUGUACUUUUCCCGCCACACGGAGCUGUGCAAACACUUGAACACCACAUUUCAACGCCACAUACACACCUCAGAAAUCUGCACUGGUGCGUUCACAGUCAGCAGCACAAGUAGCUCUCUAUCUUUUUCUUUACACAAUAUUGUGUAGUACAUUAGCUCCACUAUGACAAAGUUAACAAUCCCAUGACGACUCAAAGGCGCAUCAGAAAAACUGGUUGCAAAAAAAAAAAGUUUUAAAUGCCUCUUAAAUUUGUUGGAACGAAAAGAAAAAAACAACAACAAAAAACCACUAUAAAAAAAAAAAAAAAAAAAGUGUAUUGUUUAAAUGUUUGUUGUGGCUGUUCAGUGAAAAAUAUAUAUAAAUGUUUGAGCAGAUCGAGUUCUCCGGGGAGAAAUGUGAUGCUGAUGUUCGCAGUUCAGCGAGGAUCAAUCGUAAAGCGGCAAACGUUGAACUCGGGCUGGCGGUGCGUUCAUUGCCGCUAACCUUCCUCCCAACGUGACAGCAGAACUUUGUGUUGCGUUAGAACAGAUGCUCUUUUUUUGUUGCACUCUAACUUAUGGUACUUGUUUUUGUCAAUGUGUGCAUUGGGGUGUUUAAUUUUUGUGCUGAUGGUGGUCUUGGGGGUAGUAUUUCAUUAUUGGUUAAUGAGAUGCAUCGGUUUUCUUGGCAUGCGUGUUUGUGAGGCUAUAAAAAGGAACUUUUGUGUGAACACCAAAACGUUGUUGGUCUGCAUU